AUGACUCGUCUCAAAUUGACGUUUGGAAGUUUUCAUAGACUCCUCAAUAAGAUAAGUUCUAGACCAACAGAUGAGAGAAGUUCUAGACCAACUGAUGAGAUAAAUUCUAGACCAACUGGUGAGAUAAGUUCUAGACCAACAGAUGAGAGAAGUUCUAGACCAACUGAUGAGAGAAGUUCUAGACCAACAGAUGAGAGAAGUUCUAGACCAACAGAUGAGAUAAGUUCUAGACCAACUGAUGAGAUAAAUUCUGGACCAACUGGUGAGAUAAGUUCUAGGCCAACAGAUGAGAGAAGUUCUAGACCGAAAGAUGAGAUAAGUUCUAGACCAACUGGUGAGAUAAGUUUUAGACCAACAGAUGAGAUAAGUUCUAGACCAACAGAUGAGAUAAGUUCUAGACCAAUAGAUGAGAUAAGUUCUAGACCGACAGAUGAGAUAAGUUCUAGACCAACAGAUGAGAUAAGUUCUCGACAAACAGAUGAGAUAAGUUCUAGACCAACAGAUGAGAUAAGUUCUAGACCAACAGAUGAGAUAAGUUCUGGACCAACAGAUGAGAUAAGUUCUAGACCAACAGAUGAGAUAAGUUCUGGACCAACAGAUGAGAUAAGUUCUGGACCAAUAGAUAAGUUCUGGACCAACAGAUGA